GUUCGAUGUUGAAUUCUCAAAAAAAUAAGGAGUAAAAAGAAAAAACCUCAAGACUGGAAAACCUUAAGCAAAAGGGGAAGAUUCUGCCCCCAAGUGCUCCCCACCUUCGUCAUUCUGUUCCAGCGAUUAGCUCAACGCUUCAUAACAUACCGAUUCACCAAAUAUUUACAUACAAUAGAUUCGUUCAAUUGCAGAUCUGAAGAAUGGUGAGAGGAUUGCUACGCAAGCUCGCCGGACGAUCGCUUUCCGUCGCCGGAAAGUGGCAACAGCAACAGCUCCGCCGCCUCAACAUCCAUGAAUACCAAGGUGCCGAGUUGAUGGGGAAGCAUGGAAUCAAUGUCCCACGAGGUGUUGCCAUUGGCUCCAUUGGAGAAGUGAAGAAGGCAAUUCAAGAUUUAUUCCCCAAUCAAAAUGAGAUUGUUGUGAAAUCUCAAGUGCUUGCUGGUGGAAGGGGCUUGGGAACAUUCAAAAAUGGAUUUCAAGGUGGUGUUCAUAUUGUGAAGGCUGAUCAAGCCGAAGAUGUAGCAGGAAAGAUGCUUGGGCAGAUACUUGUUACUAAACAAACUGGGCCCCAGGGGAAAAUUGUCAGCAAGGUUUAUCUGUGUGAAAAACUGUCAUUGGUUAAUGAGAUGUACUUCUCCAUUAUUCUUGAUCGUGCAACUGCUGGUCCUCUUAUUAUUGCCUGCAGAAAGGGAGGAACAAGUAUUGAGGACCUGGCUGAAAAGUUUCCUGAUAUGAUUAUAAAGGUACCUAUAGAUGUUUUUAAAGGCAUUACAGACAGUGAUGCAGCAAAGGUUGUUGAUGGUUUGGCCCCUAAAGUUGCUGACAGAAACGAUUCAAUUGAACAAGUGAAGAAGUUGUACAAUCUUUUUUGUCAAUGUGACUGCACAUUAUUGGAGAUCAAUCCCCUUGCCGAAACAUCUGAUAAAAAGUUAGUAGCUGCCGAUGCCAAAAUGAAUUUUGAUGAUAAUGCUGCGUACCGUCAAAAGGAAUUAUUUUCCCUACGUGAUUCAUCACAAGAGGAUCCCCGUGAGGUUGCAGCUGCGAAAGCUGACUUGAAUUACAUUGGCUUAGAUGGAGAAAUUGGUUGCAUGGUAAAUGGUGCUGGGCUGGCGAUGGCUACUAUGGACAUAAUUAAACUACAUGGUGGAACUCCAGCAAACUUCCUUGAUGUUGGCGGGAAUGCCAGCGAAGGCCAGGUUGUGGAGGCUUUUAAAAUCUUGACCUCAGACGAAAAGGUGAAAGCAAUUAUGGUGAACAUAUUUGGAGGAAUCAUGAAAUGCGAUGUAAUAGCCAGUGGAAUAGUAAAUGCUGCAAAACAGGUUCAACUGAAAGUACCAGUGGUUGUUCGUCUUGAAGGAACUAAUGUGGACCAAGGCAAGAGGAUUCUCAAGGAAAGUGGCAUGAAACUCAUCACUGCAGAAGAUCUUGACGAUGCAGCCGAGAAAGCUGUUAAAGCAGCCUCUAGUAGUUAAAUGAAUCCCAUAUCGGCUUAUUGCUUGGUGAGUGAUUAAAUGUCUGAAUGCAUACAAUAACAAACACAACACAUUAGGAAAAUAGUAAUUUGGGUGUGCUUUUCCAUGAUAUUAUUUAAUAAGCCUAGUUUUUGUUCAACUAAUGGUCAAUGCCCCCUUUGGUCUGGGCUUUUUUGUCAAUGUUCUUGGAAUUGCAAAGAUGAAAGUUAUCUUUUGUGUUCCUCCUUAAUUCUUAUCAAGGGGAAUGACGUCUUAUUAUUUGAACGUUUAGUUUAGUCUUUUGUACAGUAUUUUGUUUGUUCCUUACAACUAAAGUAGAGUCUUAGGG